AACCGGUAACAAAUCAAUUGUAUUCUCCCAUAGUAACAUUUCACCUGCCAAAUCGGCACAAUGUUAUAAACCGGUUGUAAUUAACAAAUAAACCGCGGCAGAGAUUAGUGGACAAUUCGCAUCCACAGGGUCGGCAUAUUCUCAGCUCCGGUCUCUCUCUCCUUUCCUUUCCUCCCAUUUUCAACCCGCACGCAUCUUCAAUUGCAUCCUCCACCUCCUUCUUCGUUUCGAGCUCUCUUUUCCUCUUCCCCUUCCGGCAAACAGAUCGAUCUCAGCAGCCACAGCCCACCCGCACGCAAUCAUGGCGACUCCCGACAUUCUUCAGCUCAUUGACGAACGCCUCCUUUCUUCUCCUCUCCACGAUCCUUCCAAAGCCGACGGAGGAAAGUCCCGUGGCUUGUCAAUCGAGAAGAAGAUCGAGUUCCUUGAGAGCUUGACUGGCAAAUUCACUCUCAGUCUAACCCCGAGUUUGCACCAGGUUACCAACAGAAGGUCUCGGAGAUGGAUAAAUGAUCGUCUAUUAAUGGAGCUAGUUCCUCGCCUGAAUGCAGACGAGAUAAAGGGCCUUUUUGCUCCACCUCCAUGGGGUGAUGCCGUACCACCCUCUGCAUUUUCCAUGACCAACAUGGGAGAGUGGGAGAAAUUUAGGAAUAUAGACAUGGACAAACAGGUUUCUGUACUCUCCUAAUGCAUCAACGAAUCUGUUUUAAGCUAUUUAUUUUGGCUUGUAAAGGUUUCCCAUAUAAAUAGGAAACCCUAAUGCUUUUAGCUCGUGAAGUGGAUAGUACAAAGCUGAUGAGUAAAGAUACCUGUUACGUUUGUUGCUUGGAGAGGCUUCACCGCUUCCUUAACUUGACCCAGAUGAUUUAGUUAAAUUUGUUUUAGGUUAACCCUAAGUUUAAUGUUAAGAAACAUUCUCUGCACUGUUAGCAGUGAUAAAUCCUCUUAUUCACCUGUGGCUUCCUCUGUGGCAGGCUGAUAUAAUUGAGUCCUUUGAUAAAUCCUCGUCAAAAAGGAAAGGGUCCAUUGAUGCUGAUAAGAUGGCUGUCUUAAAUGCUUGGAGAAGAAUUGAGGCUGGAACAAGGGAUGCACUUCGCCGCAGCUUUCUUACUGAACUUAUUCAAGGCUAUGAGGUAUGCAUACGGGCCUUCAUUGAGGAUAAUGUAGAUGGUGAAGUUCUUACAUUCAGGGUUCAGGAUCCCUUCCACAGACUGUUGCUUCAUGGUGUCUGCGAGUUCUACAACUUAGAAUCGGCUACCGUCUCAGAGACAAAAGGAGGGAAUCUUUCGAAGAUGACUACGAUAAAGAAAAAGAAGAAGAAGGGAGUGGAUGAGCUCCCAAGUAUCACCCUGUCGAGUUUCCUGAUAAUGACCAAAAAAGGUGUCUGGUAAUAUCAUGGUGCUGGCCUGCUGGGGGAGUAUACUACUUCCGCUGGAUCAAAUGUGAAUAAAUAAAAUAGAAGUUAGCCUGCCGAAUCUCGGGCACAUCGCAAUGUGAUGUUGAACUAGCAUUGCAACAUUUUUUCUUUACUGUUGUAAGAUCUUAUUUAUUUGGCUGUAGAUGGAUCGUUAUCUAGCUUCCCGGGGCGAUCAGAAUGUUUUCUUGUACAUUACUACUAGGCUAGAGCUAUGUAAUUUGUUGCUUGCAACUCAAUCAAUAUUACUAGUUGAUUGCAUUCUAAUUCUAGCCUCCAACCCUAAGAUGUAAUGUAGCAGAUUACAUGUAGCAGA